AGGUUUGGUAAACUACACAGGUGGUGGGUGACAGUUGUUUGCUUAGAAGUCGGAAAUUUAUAGAUGCUGUAUUGUGAUAGAACAUAGACACCACUGUCAACUAAGGAUAUUGAAAGGUACGAAUGCCGAUACAUGAUGUGACAAGUUUCAAAAUCUUAUAUAACAAUGGGAGGUGAAGAGAACCACCAACAUCAAUAUCGAGAAUUGCUACAGACACUUAAAUCAACAGCUGAAGGCCUGUUAAUUAACCAAGUGUCAAAUGUAUGGAACAUAUAUGGUGGCUUAAACAGAUUGCAUCAUGUUAUGGAAAGAAUUUUCAAGCACGGCUGCCGUAUAUUUAAUCAAGAGGGAGAACCAGACUGUUGGAUAUUCAUUCAAGGUCUUAACUGGCUUCAGCCUUCUCUUGCUGUCUCUCCCACCUUUCUCACUGACUUUGACAGAACUGUCCAUAAUCUGCCUCCAAAUGUGAAUGAGAAAGCUUUAAUAUGGAUAUACAAAAGCUUGGAAGGCCAUACAUUAUCUCAAAAACUGUCAUGGCUUCUGUCAGACAGAGAACAUUUAUUAUCAUGCUUUGAAAAGACGGCCUAUCUUUGUCAGGAAAAGUAUGGAGAAGCAACACUUAUUUGUUUGAGAGCUGUGGAGCAGAAUCAGCCUUCAUUACUCGCAGAGAUAGAUCCGUGUUUGUAUCUCUCAACAUGGACAUACAAUGAGUUCCAGAAGACACAUCGUAGAUGUUCAUCAUUUCCCGAAACUCAACAUAAAACUUGGCAUUUUGCACACAGUGACUUGUUGGGUUGGAAAAAACAAUGUUCAGAAGACAAUCAAGCUAAUACAACAUCAGUAUAUGCCAAAGCAGAUUACAAUGCACCAAGUAGUGAGAUGAAGGACACUACAUGCAGUUAUGAUUCUGAUAGAGUAAAUUCAUGUGAAGAAGCUACAGAAUCCAUAAUUUCAUGUCAAGAAAGUGAAAAUGUCGAGAAUGGAAACACUGAAAGAAAUAGAGACACUCGGACUGCAGACGAUAAUAUCUCUGAGAUGUUUUAUAGUAAUACUAAACUAAAGCGUUGGAAAAGUCUUCCAGAUAUUUUGGGAACUACAUUUAUAAUACCACUAUGCAAAAGAAGUUUUUCAGCUAGCACUAAAUCACUGUAUGUGAACAAAGUUUUUUUCCAGUGUACCUCGGGAAGUCAUGUGUCUUUGCCCUGUCCAGCAGAUGAUCCACGGCUAGACCAAGAAAAUUUACAAGGUUCAAAUAUUGGCCAAAUGAUCGAAAAUGUAUCAGGACACCAAGCAUAUUGUAAACUUUCUCCAAGUGUGCUGCAGGUAGAUUACUCAGCAGAACCGACACCUGAUCAUGAACCAGAUUCUUGUGUGACAGACAACAGGUUAGCUGGACAUUGGAAGCAACAAUCUGCAAAACAACAAACCAAAAGUUUGAAUAAAAAACUGACAAAGGGAUGUUCAAAUAACUUCAAAAAACCUAAAACAGCAAUCCCAAAAAAUCUCACAUUGGUAGAAAGCUCAACAAUUGCAAGCAGCAACAGCAGCAGUAGUAGUUCUGACACACUAAAUGUUAACAGGCAUUUAGCUGAGUCAUCAGAAGUCAUACGCAAAGCAAACAAAACUGCAACAACCUGCAAGGCAAGACCAUCUGACCUAAAUCUUCCAUCUAGGCACUGGAGGAAAAGUGAGAUCAACAGUUCAGGGAUGCCAUCUGCUCGAAAUUUACAAAGAAAACGAAAAACAGGGAUUUCUGGCUCUGUUCCUAACUAUCCUUUCGAGUGGCUUGGUGAUAGACAGCACUGCAAGAAAAGUUUUAUUGAAGAUGGUGGUAGCAGUGUUCUUCCAAUGACUGUUGGAUUUUUUCCUCGUCCCCAGCAAGGGCAAAGCAUCACCAGUUUCCUUUCUUCUGUUCAGUUUGCCCGACCAGCAGCAGAACUUGAUCGGGAGAAUGCACACUUCAGCAUAUCAGAAGCCAUAAUUGCUGCAAUUGAGCAGAUGAAAUGCAAUAGAAAAUUGUGCGUCAGUAGGGAAAAUAAUGCUGUUGGAGAGGAAAGUGAUGAAGACAUCUAUCAUUUAAAACAGAGAAUUCGCAUUCGCCGCCGCCAGUGCCAAGAAGAAAAACAGCGUCAGGCUUGGAAUACAUCGCUGCUUAGUGAUGGCAAAACUGACACCACAACAACAGAUCAGAGUGUGAGCCCAUUGUCGACAUCACCCGGAACUCCAUCGGAAAGCAUUUCUACAGAUGAUGUAGAUGACCUAGAAAUUGACGAAGUUAAAAAUUUGACAGAACUUAAAGAUGCUGGCCUCUCUGUUUCAAUGGCAUCACUGUAUUCUGAGGCUGAUCUUUCAAGGCCCCCUGUAUCCCGCACAGGAACUGAUGUGCCUCUGACAGAGUCGAUUGUAUCAGCCGAAGGAGUUGCCUUAUCACUGAUACGGAAGUUCAGUGAGAAGCAGCUGCCCCGUGCCUCUGACCUGCAGUGGCUAGUUUCUGAACAGGAUGCUCCACAACAAUUACUCCCUCUUCCAACAAGUUGGCCUAUCAGCCCUGAUGAAGCAGAAGAUAUGGAUAUGCACUUAGCAACUCCCCUCAGGGGAACUAUGGAGUGGGCACCACCUCGUCCACAGGUCAUCUUCACUCCUCAUCCACCGCCUGUGCGUAGGACAUUGAUGGUGAAGCAAAACUACCGCUGUGCUGGUUGCGGUAUGAAGGUGGCACCAGAAUAUUCAAACCGUUUCCGUUAUUGUGAGUACCUGGGUCGAUAUUUCUGCACUGGGUGUCACACAGGACAACUGGCACCAAUUCCAGGCAGAAUACUUACAAAAUGGGAUUUUACAAGGUGUCCAGUGUCAACUUUUUCAUAUCGCCUGCUGGACCAAAUGAUUGGUGAUCCACUGUUUAUUAUUAAUGAUUUGAAUCCUGGCCUGUACAGAAAAGCUAAACAGUUAGAAAAAUGCCGACAGCUGAGGUUGCAGUUGUGUUACCUGAAAGAUUUUAUAUUUUUAUGCAGAUUUGCAGAAAGUCUGCAGGAAGGCUUCAGAAGAGAGCCCACGUAUAUUUACACCCAGGUGGACACUUACUCUAUACAGGAUCUCAUUGAAGUGAAGAAUGGUACAUUGCUGUCAAGAUUAUCAGAAUUAGUAAAUGCUAGUCUAGCCCACACAGAGGACUGUGAGCUAUGUCAGGCACGUGGAUUUGUGUGUGAGCUGUGCCAUGCAGCACACGAUGUUAUCUUUCCUUGGCAGCUUGGAACAGUGACUCGAUGUGGUAACUGUGGUUCCUGUUUCCAUUCGGCCUGCUGGUCUCCAGCACCUUGUCCCAGAUGUGAAAGGAUUAGUGCACGCAGAAAAAGCUGUGAGGAAAUACCAGAACCUGUUGAACCUCCUUAGGUCAACGUCUUGUAUAAGACUUACAUUUGAUACAUUGAAAUCUGUCACCCUGCUUCACUUCUCACAAAUUAGAUCUCUUAUUAAGCACAGGUAGUAAAAAUGAAAGUAUUGCUGGAAGAAAAGAAGAAGUGAUGAUUAUUUAAUGCGCGUAUUAUUGGCAUAUCCUAGUUUAUUUGUUUUAAUCCUCAGGGAUAAUUUUAUUAGUGUAUCAGGUAAGAUUGUUACACAUUGAAGGACAAUAGCACAAUCUUUCUGAUUUUUAAAGUCAAACAUUUAUUAUUAUUAUUUGUUUUCCAUACUGGGACAUAUGUUCCAUGCUGGAACAUAUGUUAUGUAAUUGUUUUUAUAGCCAUCUUUAAUCUUUUAAAUUUGAUGUCAGUAAGUAGUAUCCACCAGUUGCAUCAUUUUUUGCUGUUUUAUAGAGAUGUAUUUCACAGAGAAUAAAAGGUAUGAGACUAUCAUCAACAAAAGGAAUAACGAUGAUGAAACUGAUGAGCAGUAUAUCGCAUGGAAACUGAAAUUUUCAUGAUUUUUAACAACUGCAGUAUCAGUAUUCAUAGCAACUUAUACUACUGCUUUUUUUUUUUUUUAAGGGGGUUGACAGCUGACUACAUUUUUGGAACAGUAAUUGGUGACUGCACCUCCAUUGCUCCAUCCUUUCAUCUUCCAAUCCGAGUCCCACAAUUUGUCUAACUUUCUUGAUCCUCUCAUCACUUUUUUCCACAGUGUGCUCCCAAUGAUGUUGGUGCAGCCUCCAGAACAGUAAAGGCUAUUUUUUCUAGUAGCUUGCUUUUUGUGAAGUGGUUAAGAAUGUUUGUGCUGUGGAAAUUAUCUCUUCUUCAUGCAAUUUUUGCUGUUGGUAGGAAAUGACAACCAUGUUCCCUAUAAGAAUAAAAUCUAGUCAACAAGCCAAAGUAUAGCUAUGUAUACAUUUGAAAGAAGCCUCACUGAGUUUUAGAUGAUUUAUACAGUGUUGUGAUGUGUCCCAUUAUUGCAAGUGAUAAUAAGCAGCAGGCACUGGUGAUAAUUAGUAUGAUCAAAUAGUUGUCAUUUAAAUCUAUGGCAGCAUAUAUUAUAGCACUAUGGAAUUAUUGUUACAUUUCUCAUCAACAACAGCACAGAUUCAUUUUGUGAUGUAAAAUAAAUUUUCUGAAUCUGUAUAUUACAGGUAUAAUAUGCUGUCCCAUAUUCCGAUAUCUUCCUUUUCUUCCUCCUCUCCUAUAUAAUUUUGUAUAUGGAGGGAAGUUAUUAAAUGUUAACAGUAAAAGUCAAUAGAUGAUACUCCACAAUCCCCUUCUUACAAUGGAGUGACAGUAAAUUACAUAGGAAUAUGUCUCAGUAACAAUGGGUCUAUUGCAGUAAGACAUUUAACAAAUUAAAUUUAUAUACUAAUUACUGGAGAAUUUUGUCUGCAUUCCUGUUCAGUAAUUACUUGUAACUGAAAGACUUGUUAUAACAUUAGUUGGCAAGGAAGGAAGAAGUUUGUCUUAGAAUGAUAGGCUAAUCUUGUGCUGUUUUCCACAGCUUAAGCAUUGUUGUAGUUGUGCCUACAUUUUGACACUUUGCUCGUUCCUCUCCAUUAGUGGCAGUAAACUGUAUUGACAAAAAUUACACAGUGAUUCUCUAUGGUUGUGUAACAGUAUUUUUGUACUAAGUGAAAUACUUUUUGUGAAGAACUUAUCGACGAAUUUCAGAUAUAGGAUGCACAUAACUCGUGCAGGUGUGAUUUAUUUUGCAUGACAGUGUAAUAUAAAUAUUGAAGAGGAUUAUAGUAGAAGUAGAUUUCUUUUUGUGUCUGGUUUAAAUAUUUUCUCAACUUAGUUUUUCAGUUUUUUUCCUUGUAAUCGGUGCAUCUUCCAGUAACUUAAAAUGCAGUGCUUCAGAAGACUCAAGUGUUUAUUCCUUGUAUACAACUUACAAAUUUCAAAAAAAUCUUUAUUUUGUUAAUACAAUGAGAGGAAAAUGAAGGGUGCUGUUUCAGUGACUAUAAUUGAAGGAACUAUUACAUUAAUAUAUAAGUAAUUAUCCUUCAGCUAGGCAGCUUCAUUUAUCAGAUUAAUAUAUAAUGUGACUAAGUCAAAAGCAUCACACAGUUUUUGUUGGAAUUAGCAAGUGCCAAGGCGUAAGACAAAUUGAUGAUAUAGUUGAAUCCAUAAGGCUGUUUCUGUUAUCACUAUUUGUAAUAUAACACUUGAAAACUAAAAAAAACUUGUUUUUAUCUCUGUUGUUGUUGUUGUAUUAUUACACAAAGUUUUACCAAAGAUAAUGUGUUAUUAAUUGUUGCCUCUAUUGUAAAUAAUAAUAACUAUAGUAUUACUUUGAUGAAGCUGUGAAAUGUAACACCUUAGACUGAAAAAGUAUAAUUUGUUGAUGACUUUCUACUGUAUUACUAAGCACAAUGAAAUAAAUGUUUGUAUAAAAGUUGUAUUUAGUAAAAUCUGUAUUUAAGAUAAACUGAAAAUGGUGUGUACUGUUAAGGUAAAUACAUAUUAAUGAGAGCAGUAUUUUGUUCAACAAA